GGCGCUGAACAAACUUCCGCCCUCAACACGCCCUCGACAGUGUCGCAGCGGCGGGGAAAGUACAAAUGAGCCUGCUGAAACAAAGCUGAGCAAAACUUUCAUGAGCUUUUACAUGAGCAUUCUUCUCAUUUCUUACGGAGGGACUUGCCUUUCACCGUCGACAUGAUGGAAGAACUGUUGGUGUUAAACGAGGCUAAAAUCAACUCGAACCUCACAAAGUCACUGCUGGCAGUGGCUUUUCUGGCCUCGGUCGGCAGCUCUCUGCUCUAUGGGUUCAAUCUUGCUGUGGUCAACUCACCUGCGCUGUACAUCAAAGACUUCUACAAUGAGACACUUCAAGAACAGUACGGCUGGAUUCCAAAUGAGAGGCACCUCACGGUCUUGUAUUCUCUCACUGUGUCCAUCUUUGCUAUUGGUGGAAUGACUGGAGCACUGUUAGUCGGAAAACUUGUGACCAAGUAUGGGAGGAAGGGGACGUUGGUGAGGUCAACUGUGCUUGUGUUUGUUGGAGGAGGUCUUAUGGGCCUCAGCAGGUCAUGCAGGGAGCCUUCCAUGGUCAUCAUUGGGCGCUUCAUUGUUGGAGUACACUCUGGUAUCUCACUCAGUGUGGUGCCAAUGUACCUUGGUGAGAUUGCCCCCAAGAAUCUGCGAGGCUUCUUGGGUCUCAUUCCAAGCAUCCAUAUUUGUCUCGGGGUUUUCAUUGCUCAGGUCCUGGGGCUCCAAGAGCUGAUGGGAAAGGAAGCGCACUGGCCUCUACUCAUGUCCCUGAUAGUGUUUCCAACCUUGGUCCAACUGAUGCUGUUGCCAUGGUUUCCAGAGAGCCCACGGUACCUGUUGAUAGAAAAGGGAAAUGUUCAUGCCACCAUUGCAGCUCUAAAGUGGUUCCGUGCUAAAGGCAACAUCCAGUUGGAGGUGGAGGAGAUGCAGGAGGAACAACGCUCGUUGUCCUCCAUCCAGACUGUUUCUGUAUGGGGACUCCUUACGGACGUGUGCGUUCGCUGGCAAGUCAUCACCAUUGUCGUGGCCAACAUCGGCAUGCAGCUGUCUGGCAUUGACGCGAUUUGGUUCUACACAAAUGAUAUAUUUAAGAAUGCUGGAAUUCCUGAGCCCCGUAUCCAGUAUACCACAGUGGGAACUGGAGCCAUUGAGGUCAUCUCUGGAAUGCUGGGUUGUUUUACAAUUGAGCGUGUAGGUCGGAGACCUCUGAUGAUUGGUGGUUACAUCUUCAUGAGCGUUUGCUGUGCUGGGAUCACUGUGUCAGUCCUCUACCAGGAGCAGCUGUCAUUCAUGCGGUACAUCAGCGUGGGCUGCGUGGUUGGGAUUAUUGCUGGCUUCUGCAUCGGUCCAGCCGGCGUGCCCUUCCUGAUCACUGCAGAGCUGUUCAAACAGUCGCACCGACCAGCAGCCUACACCAUGGGAGGUUGCCUCAACUGGUUAUCCAACUUCACCAUUGGCUUUGUCUUUCCCUUCCUUGAGCUGGCAACUGGGCCUUACUGUUACCUCAUCUUCUGUGCAAUCUGCUUGGGAGUGGCUGCCUACACCUUCUUCAUCAUUCCUGAGACUAGAAACAAAACCUUUAUGGAAAUCAGUCAGAUGUUUGCCUGCAAGAACAACAUCCUUGAAGAGGAGCUGACAUCCAACGGGAAUCUGAAAAUGUCUCACAUGAACGGCUACGGGACGCUGGGCCAUCAGGAUGUGAAGUAAGAGGUGGGCCUACUCACUUUGGUCGGAUGUAACGAUGGCAGAGGGCUCAACUCGUGCGACUCCCCUUAACGGCCAACGUUUCAAGAGAAUCUUCUUUCCAGCGUCUGACUUCAAGGUCAUGUGAAUCACGUGAAUGCGUCUUGAAUCAAGCGUCCAAGCAUUUUAAUCGCCAUUGGUUCAGGAAAUUUGUUCCCCAGCCCUGAACACAUCCCAUGACCGUUCAUCAACCUUCAUAUCACAUGUGCAGAACUCCUCAAACGGAAAAUGUCCACUCUAGUGUCAUUGUAUUUUGAGUGCCUCGACAAAAAGAAAUUAAUUUUUUGCCCUUCUUUGCUCACACUCCAAAUGUGAUGUUUGUCUCUUUUUAUUAAAGAGAGACGGAUAUUGUGGCUACUGUAGUAGUCAUUUUAUGCCUUAUUUAUCAACAUGCCCGUCGGCAUACGGCAUGUUUUAGAAUACUUCUUUGUGUAAAAGAAUGUGUAGUCAGAGACGAGAAGAAGUAUUCAAUAAAAUUAAGAAUUUAUAA